AUGCCUGGAGACCGGGCGCUCCCUCUCCUGCUGCCUGGAGACUGGGCGCUCCCUCUCCUGCUGCCUGGAGACGGUGCGCUCACUCUCCUGAUGCCUGGAGACCGGGCGCUCCAUCUCCUGCUGCCUGGAGACGGGGCGCUCCCUCUCCUGCUGCCUGGAGACGGGGCGCUCCCUCUCCUGCUGCCUGGAGACGGGGCGCUCCCUCUCCUGCUACCUGGAGACGGGGCGCUCCCUCUCCUGCUGCCUGGAGACGGGGCGCUCCCUCUCCUGCUGCCUGGAACGGGCGCUCACUCUCCUGCUCCCGGGGGAGACGGGGCGCUCACUCUCCUGCUACCGGGAGACGGGGCGCUCACUCUUCCUGCUACCGGAGAGGGGGCGCUCACUCUCGUGCUACCGGGAGACGGGGCGCUCCCUCUCCUGCUACCGGGAGACGGGGCGCUCACUCUCCUGCUACCGGGAGACGGGGCGCUCACUCUCCUGCUACCGGGAGACGGGGGGCGCUCCCUCUCCUGCUACCGGGAGACGGGGCGCCCCUCCCCUGCUACCGGGAGACGGGGCGCUCACUCUCCUGCUACCGGGAGACGGGGCGCUCACUCUCCUGCUACCGGGAGACGGGGCGCUCACUCUCCUGAUGCCUGGAGACCGGGCGCUCCAUCCCCUGCUGCCUGGAGACGGGGCGCUCCCUCUCCUGCUGCCUGGAGACGGGGGGGCUCCCUCUCCUGCUGCCUGGAGACGGGGCGCUCCCUCUCCUGCUACCUGGGGGACGGGGCGCUCCCUCUCCUGCUGCCUGGAGACGGGGCGCUCCCUCUCCUGCGGGCCUGGAGACGGGGCGCUCACUCUCCUCCCUACCGGGAGACGGGGCGCUCACUCUCCUGCUACCGGGAGACGGGGCGUCACUCUCCUGCCCCGGGAGACGGGGCGCUCACUCUCGUGCUACCGGGAGACGGGGCGCUCCCUCUCCUGCUACCGGGAGACGGGGCGCUCACUCUCCUGCUACCGGGAGACGGGGCGCUCACUCUCAUGCUACCGGGAGACGGGGCGCUCACUCUCCUGCUACCGGGAGACGGGGCGCUCACUCUCCUGCUACCGGGAGACGGGGCGCUCACUCUCCUGCUACCGGGAGACGGGGCGCUCACUCUCCUUCGUCUCCUGCCCCUCACACUCUGGGAGGAAUACACCGAUAAAACCGAGAGGUUUAUAGACUCUGGGCAAGUCGAAAGAUGUGACCCUGAGGAAUAUGACUUUGAAGAUGUUCUAGACACCUACUCUCUGCCCGUGGACGCGACUCCAGCAGCGACGGCUAUACUGGUAGGAGUACCGAGCAUCAACACGGAGAUUUACCGGCGGCCGGUGUACCGGUCCCCUCCUGCAGUUCGGAGAGCGAGACGCCCCGACCAGCCGAGCAGCAGACCAGCAGACACAUUGGUGGUACUGGCUCCAGCAGCAGCAGCGGCAGCACCGACCCAUCACCAUGACCGCCAGAACUGCUCCUGCACCUGUCGCCUCCACAGCAACAAGGGGUGCAAGAGCCGUAGCAGGUCCCGCGAGCGACGGCUACUGGGUAUGGGUGACUUGGAGAGUGUACUUGUGGGUGGAGUAAGUGGUGCAGGAGGGCGUGGAGUGGGUGUGGCCAGUGGCAGGAACCUUGGGCUGAGUGCAGGAAAUGGCAGCAAUGGUGGACGGAGUGUGGGAAGGGGUGGGAAUGCCAGCAAAAAUUGUGGAGGGCUGGGUCUUCCCCCAUCGUGUGCCCCGGGGACCAGUGUUGGACGGGGCAUGACAGUAAGUGGCCCCAGUGGUAGUGGCGUCGGGCAAGGCAGUGCCUCUAAGGGAACUAAUGGGGGUGGUGCGAGACGGAGUGUGCAUCAGCCAGGAUUCUUAAAAACUGUGUCAAUCAUAGAAACAUUGAGUGAAUUGGCUCAUGGACCGGAGGUGCGACGGCUAGCUCAGGAACCCCAGCCACAGCGCCCCUCCCGGCCACACUCUGGAUCCCGUGCCUCCUCUCGUCUACCCACCAGUGCCACAUCCGCAGGCGGAAGUGCCACAGACCAUGGUGAUGACACGCCCACACGCCCACCAGGUCCACCUGUCCUCUCAGCUGACUUUCAACAGUACAGUGAAAAGAUCUACGAUGCUGUCACAUCCCAAGGCCCGGAGCCCAGUCUGCGAGGCCAUGGGGGACGGGUCCAUAGCAUUGCGCAUCCUCGCAGGAGGGAGCGCACUCAGCCUCGGGAAAAGACCACCAUAGAGGAGUCUCAAGUUGCUUCUGGGAUAAAUCAGGAGGGAAGAAGAGAAGAAGAAGAAGCUAGUAAGAAGCCUCGACCUGAACACCGAGGAAGGGAGCGGGGUAGAACACCUGACUGGAUUAAGAGAAUCUUCGAUAUUGCCAAGAAAGGUGAUUUACCAUCCCUGAAACGUAGUGUUGCUGACAUGGAGGGCACACUCAUCCGUAACCUCAGUGAUCAUAGCGGUAAUAACCUCCUUCAUGUUAUGGCUGUCUUUGGCCACUUGGCACCGUUAGCCUGGCUGUUAACCUCGCAGCAAGUGCUAGUCGAUGCUUUACAUGAUGAAAACAAGUUUGGACUCACUCCACUCGUGUGUGCCAUCAAGUAUGGGCGGCUAAGGCUGGUGCAGUGGCUGGUCGAGAACACAGGUGUGAGAGACAAGGUGCGCUGUAAGGAUGGUGAACGAUCUCUCUUACACAUUAGUGCCAAGUAUGCUCAGGAGGAGGUAGUAGGAUGGCUGGUGGAAUACAUGAUGGCACAUGAAGUACCGCUGGACAACAAAGAUCACAAUGGCAACACAGCUCUCCACCUCGCUGCUCGCACUGGCAACUCUCGGGUCUGCUCCAUCCUCCUGCAACACGGUGCUGAUGUUACACUAAAAAACGAUAUGGGUCAAAAGGCUUGGGAAGUGUGUGUGGUGCGUGGCCACUUGGCCUGUGCUGAGUACCUGUGUGUUCAUGAAUCUGGCCUGGCCCUGGCCACUGACCUCACGCGGAGGGAAGCUGAGCUGGAGGCAGCGAUGGCGGACAACCAUGAUCUCAGAGUUAAUUUCAAAGAGGUUUUGAGCGUAGCACGACGGCUGGUUAAAGAGAGGGAGGAGGUGGUGCGGGAGCUGUCUCGACUCCAUGACCACAUGGUAGAGGCACAUGAUAACAUCAUUAUGGCACUACAAGUUCUGGCUGAAGAAAACAAUUCUCUCAGGGAUCGUGUCAAUGGGGUCAGGCAGUCGACUCAUGCACGGGAACAAGUGGAGUCAGUUAUAGAGUAUGUAAAUGGGUUGCAUGAGCGGUGGCAGGGAGCACAGAAGACAUGGUUUGGAUCCUCCCUUGUAGACAUGGAGCAUCGGAUGCUUCUAGUAGAGGAAUCCUGGAAGAAGCUCAGACAUCGCAGUCAUCGAACUGUUGCCACUGCUCAUCAUCCACUAGAUGUCUUCAGGGCAAAGCUGUGUUCAGUGCGGGCGCAGGGAGGAGACUGCCGCCUGGGUGAUCUGCCAUCUCUCUGUUCUUCCGAGGAAUCUCUCAUCUCACUCUUUCCGUUUAGUGAAGAGGAAGAUGUGUACGAGGGAGUUGAAGACUAUGCUGCAACUUCUUCGCCAGCUCAUUCUACACCCACAAGAGCUACUACUCUUACAUCUACCCCAAUACGGACACCUGCAAGUGGUGGUAUUGAUGUUCGAUCUGAAACGCUUCCAGCUAGACUAGAAGCUUUAUCACCUCGUGUUCGACGUAGCGAGCAGAUUCAGGAGAUAAAUUAUCUGAGCCGAAGUGAAGCCAACAUAGCAGAUGAUCCUUCUGAGCCAACUAUUAAUCACAAGCAGUCUCCGAUAUUCUCUAGGUCAAGAAAUCAAGUUUCUAAAUCAAAGGAAAACUCUGGAAGACCAUAUUGGGCUGAUGCCAGUUUGAGCCCUGGUUUAGGAUUAAUUAGUGAGCAAUAUGCUGGAAGUUCACCCAGUGGGGAGAGACUAGGUAAAGAGGAAGUCAGUGCUAGACUGCGGGAGUUAGCAUUAACAUCGGAAAGUGGUUCUUGUUCUGUACUGGAAGUAAUUGAACCUUCUAGUGAUGAGAGUGAUGCCCCACCUGAAGAUGAUCCUGGGCCACUGGACCCCCAGGUAGGGCCCCGGGGAGCGGCGCCCCCGCGGGCCAGUGAGGAGAGCAGUAGUGGAGAAGCUCAGGCACUCCGUCUGCCCCAUGAUCGGCGCCAAAAACGUGGCCCUCAGGCCCGCCAUGAUGAAGGAGAGUGUUCAGGACGUGGAGGUGAGGCAACUACCACAUCCAGUGAAAGUGGUGCAGAUUCGACAUGUAUGAAACAAAUAGAUCUUUUGCAUAGUGCUGAUCAUCCACACCAUCUUCGGCUGCAUCAUGCAGACAAUACUGACCAUAAGCACUUUUUAACGAAUGAGACAUCCCCGGGCGCCGCUGCCGCGGAUGUCUCUGAUAUUUGUGGACAGCGGCACCUAGGCGAUGGGGAGGGCAUAGAGAACACCAUCAAGGGCACACCUGGAGGGGUGACAUCUGUGUACAAACGUAAAGGGUUCCUCCAUAAAUUCUCUAUUAAACCAAGAUGGCCUUCUAAACGCAAGGUAAAAACAAUGCGAAAAGUGCCUGAGCUUAGUGCGCGGGACUUCCAGGAGACAUACGGUAAUGUAAGAGAAUCUACUUUGUCCCUGGGUGACACUGAUGCCCACACCACCACCGAAUCUAACACUUCAUCUAGUCAAGAGUACAGCAACUCCUCUGAGGAGUCUUCUAUCGGCAAGCCCACCACCUCAACUACUACUACAACUUCUUCCUCUACAGUCACUACUCGACCCUUUGACUUACCUGAAGCAGAAGCAGCACGGCAUAGGACUCGCAGUGGUGCAUCUUCAUCUGAAAAGCAUGUUGACAAUGGCAAUGGUAGUAUUUCCAGUAACCUUGGUGUUAGUGGAUCUUGCCCGUCUAGCCCACCACCACUGCCUGCUCGCCGGAAACUACUGCCAGAAGAUACCUCACCCCCCACACCACCCUCCUCUGCACCACCAGCUCCUCCUGAACCUGAGUUUCAGUCGAUGGAGGAAAAUCUACCACCUGUGCCUGAAGAAGCGGUGUUGAAGCCUGGAAAUGAGGCUCGCAGUGUGGCUGCCUCUGAGGACUCGGGUAUUGUGGCACGACCUGCUUCCAGUGCUUCAAAGUCGGAUUCUGUAUCUCGUCCUGAAUCUUCCUCUUCCUCCUUUCCUCCCUUCAAAAGUGACUAUCCCCUACAAAAGGGAUUUUCCCUAACUCAGGACCUUCUGCCUACCCCAGACUCCAGCACUGCUGGCCGUAUGUCCCCCGCACCUAGUGAAAUAAGUAAGACAGAGUCAGCACUCUCGCCUCCUUCCCAUGCCUCAGAUGUCAGCAAGAGUGAAUCAGCACGACAGCUUAGUGUUGGGAAAGGUAGCGUGGGAGGCAGCACAAGUGUUAGCAGUAAGGAAGGGUCAGCAUCUUCUUCGUCAGAUUAUUCGCUGACAUUAUUACCACUAAAGAAGCAACUUAAUGUCAAGACAGCAGCCAUCAUUGACAUUUCUUGUGAGCAGAAGACUAAGAAACCAGACCAGCCCAACACGAGUUCCUCAGCUAGGGGAGACUCUGGGAGUUCCAAGAAAGAAGAGAAGCCAUGGUAUGAGCUGUCAGAUGAGGAGUCAGACAUCUUACUGCCUGAUCGUCUUACUAGCAAAGUCAUACCUAGACACUCGUCAUCUGAGGAUGAGACAGAAGUCUGCUGAAAGUCUGACAGCUCUAAGAUACUCUGUCAUAGCUUUGAGAUGUUCAUAUUACACAAUUAUGAAGGAUUGAUGGCAAACAUGAUGAUGAACUAUGUGACCUCUGGCUUAGGCACACGAAGAUUCCAACACAUUCCAUAUGCUAAAUAAUGUGUUUACACAAGAAGAUAAUUACACAUAAUUAUUAUCUAAUAAUUGCAAAGCACUUCACUAAAAUUAAAUAUAUGUACUGAAAAUGCCAGUAAUGAUAAGGAACUUAUUAUAGUACAAUAUUUACAGUCUGUUAAGCUGUACUUCACUUAAAUCGUCUAGCUAUUUAAUUACAGUUAAUACUUGUAUUGUCAUAAUAUGUGCUAGUAAUAUUGUCACAAUAUGUGUUAGUAAUAUUUUUAUAAUAUUUACUAGUAUUAUUGUUAUAAUAUUUGCAAGUAAUACUGUAUGCA